GGUUUGCAGUAAGUUUAUGUAAAUUGAUUAAGUAUAACAUCACUUCCGUGAUCUUAAUCUGGCUAUUAUGUUGUUGUCAUCAUGAAUAUUAUUACAUAAUAUUGUAAUAGAUGGAUAAAAAAUAAAGUUUUUAAUCUUGUUUGACUAGUGUUUCGACUCUAUACGAAGCCAUAGCAUACUGACUCAUCUUCAUUGUCAUUUCAAACGUGUAUUCGAUGCGUUGUACUGCUAUAAAUAAUUACCAAAUAAAUUAAUUAUUCAAAAUAAUGUUUGUGUGCAAAUUUGUUUUGCUUGGGACACUAAUUGUAAAUAUUGUUUUAAGUGAGGAAAUCGAUGAUGAUAUUCGUGUAAACGUGCAUCGGCCUAAACAGUUACCUACCUAUGCACACAAUCAUCCACCUCUGUUUGAUUCAACUGACGACAUUUUUGUUGGACAGAAAGAAGUAGUGCGAGUAGAAAAAUCACUAGAAUCGACGCAAGACCCCGUUGAUCGCAGUGAACCUGAAAUUGGUGCUGUAUAUUUAAAUAACCAGCCAGCCAGCGAGAAUUUAUCAAAUACCGCAAAUAAUAAAACAAGGAGACGAAAACUAAAAAGACGUCUGCAAAGCAAUAACAAUGCUACGCCUAACAAUGGUAUAACAAGAAGCAAUCUUAAAACAGAAAAUCUAAACAAAGUAAAUAUUAUUACUACUCCUACACCAGCAUUAUUAGAAACAGUUAAAACCACUCCAACACCUGGUCGUGAUGUAACACUUUUUCCGAAGCGUCCCAUAGAAGAUAGUAAAAGGAUAGAGUUUCAGAGGCAAUCUCGAAUUCGAGUCCCCGCUAUCAAAAUACUGGACUCUGAAAACUUUGUGUAUUCGCACACUGGCAACUUCCAUUACAGCUAUGAUUCAUCCGAUGGAACGAAGGUGUCUAGCAGAGGAAAGUUACGCAAUGUUAAGGAAGGCACUGGAGAAGUUGUAGAAGGGAAUGUUUUCUACACGGAUCAAGAAGGAAAUGACUUCAGUCUAUCGUACACCGCCGACGAGAAUGGAUAUAGACCAGUAGGCGCCCACCUUCCCACCCCGCCGCCAAUCCCGCCAGCAAUAGCUCGGGCCCUUCGCUACUUGGCGACUAAGAAACCCGAUGACGUCACUGAACUUCCAGAAAAGAAAACUCGAGUAUAAAAUAAACUACGGAUUAGAUAACGCAUAUGAAUUGCGCUUAAUAAUAGGAAGAAUAACAUUCUAAGGCUUUAAAUUAUGUAGCUUAGCUAACCUAUAUGAUAAGAAGUGAUACGUUAACUAAAAUAAAUAAAGUU